AUGCCACGGAGGAAACAAUCCAACCCGCAGCCCGUCAAAUUGGAGUUGGAAAAUGGCGGUGCAUCGUGCAACCCUGGCUGUCUGGUCAUUGAUGGUGACGUUCUAAUCAAUGGAGAUAUGCAGUUCAGCAACUCUGAAAUCAUGGGAUUGGAUGAGGAUUCUGGUGUGACGGUGUUCUCUCUCUGUGUGGACGAAGAUCCGUCAGAAUUAACUGACACAGUGUUCCCACCAUUCCUCUCAUGUAAAGCCUGUGGGCAGCUUCUCUGUGACUCGCCACUGGGAGGCUCUUUUCAACUGGGAAUGGGCCAAGAUCUUCAAACUGAGGUUUCCUGUGUUACAUGUGAAGGUGGAGCGCAGGGUGCUACAUCACUAAAGUUGACUCACAAUUCCAAAAUGGCUGACGGGAAAAAAAGGAACAAAAGGAGAAGUGUUGCAAAUGCUGACCUUUCUCAGAAAGUAUACUCCUGCUCUUUGUGUGCCUUCACCUCCCGCUACUCCAACCACCUGAAACGACACAUGAACAUCCAUGAUGGACAGAAACCAUACCGCUGCCCAUUAUGCCCCUAUGCUUCCACCCAGCUGGUCAACCUGCAGCGCCAUGCACGUACACACACAGGGGAAAAGCCGUACCGCUGCCAUCAGUGCCAUUAUGCCUGCAGUUCCCUUGGCAACCUGCGUCGGCACCAGCGCUUGCACACGUUGGACCGCACGCCAAGGCGAAGCAAGGACAUCAGAAGAACCAGUAGGAGAAAAGUGAAAAGCGAAACAACUGCCUCGGACCUGACGCUGCAGGUUUCUCAGAAGUCGGCUUAUCUGAACGACGCCUCGAGGCCAUUGCCAGUCCUGCUUUUCCCACUGUGUUGCCGGUUGUGCGGCCUUACACUGGAGGAAGCUGACCUGGAUGACAUCAAUAUGGAAGAUCGCAAGGAAAGCAAUAGACAGGUGUGCCACCGCUGUUCAUUGGACCCACUAGUGAAAGAUGGCGCUAAUUCUCUCCGAAAUGGACUUGGACCUUUGGAGUCGCGCCAACCUGGCAGCCGGCCUUACCGGUGCCCUCUAUGCCCCUUCAUGUCCCAUUACCCCAACCAUUUGGCCCGCCACGCCCACAUCCACUCUGUUGAGAAACCGCACCGCUGUCCACAAUGCACCUACAGCUCCUCCCACCUAGACAACCUCAAACGGCACCUGCGUGUGCACACAGGCGAGAAACCAUACCAGUGCUUGUCGUGUAGCUACGCCUGCGGCAACCUGGCUAACCUUCGCCGCCACGAGCGCAUCCACUCAGGCGCCAAGCCGUUCCACUGUGACAUUUGCAGCUACUCGUGCAACCAGAGCAUGAAUUUAAAGAGACACAUGUUGCGACACACUGGGGAGAAACCGUACGCUUGUGCUGAGUGCGAGUACACCACAGGACACUUGGAUAAUUACAAACGGCAUCAGAGGAAACAUUAA